CGUGUGAGCGGCUGAGACAUACUUGGGGAGUAAGAGUUUGAAGAGAGAUCUGUGGAAAGAAACUGUUGUGAUUAAUGGGCUGAUGGGCAUUGGAAAGAGACAAGGGUUUGUAUGAGAGUUCCCUAAAGGGCUGGCUGUGAAUGGCCUUGUUGAUUGCGCAGGGCACAACUGCAGCUGGUCUCAUACACAUGUGUGCUCUGAGCUUAUACUGAUAAUCCGGAGUCUGCUCUACCUCUCUUCCUCUGUGUUGCCUCCAAAUACCACACUUCGAGGAAUAGUGACUGGACUUACCAAGUCCACGUAUAAACCAAAGAAGUCUGUUCAAGUGGGAAUCUGUCAACAGGUUACCUGAAUUUCAAAGAGAAGAGCAGAAAUGCCACCACCUGCAGGUGGCCCACCACUACACCCGCCUCCUGAUGGAGGAUGGGGCUGGGUAGUGGUUGCAGCGUCUUUUAUCUCCAUCGGAUUUUCAUACGCAUUCCCCAAAGCCAUCACGGUGUUCUUCAAAGAAAUUCAGCAAAUAUUCAGCACUAGCUACAGUGAAAUAGCAUGGAUAUCAUCCAUUAUGCUGGCUGUAAUGUAUGCAGGAGGUCCCAUAAGCAGUAUUUUGGUGAAUAAAUAUGGUAGCCGGCCAGUGGUGAUGCUAGGAGGUUUGCUGUGCUGUGUGGGAUUGGUCGCAGCCUCUUUUAGCACCAGCGUAAUAGAGCUCUACGUCACUGUGGGAUUCAUUGGAGGUUUAGGUCUAGCCUUCAACCUGCAACCCGCCUUAACAAUCAUUGGCAAAUACUUCUAUAAGAAACGACCCAUGGCGAAUGGGCUGGCCAUGGCAGGAAGUCCUGUUUUCUUAAGUACAUUAGCUCCUUUCAAUCAGUUCCUUUUUAAUAUGUUCGGCUGGAAAGGCAGCUUCAUGAUUUUGGGAGGCAUAUUGUUGAAUGCCUGUGUGGCGGGGGCUCUCAUGAGACCCGUUGAAUCCAAACUAAGUACUAAGGCUCAAAAUAAGAUUGGCGAAACAGAGCUUGAGUCGGGCGCGAAAAAAAGCCACAAGAAGCAAUCAGCCUGGGAAAAAGUGAAUAACUAUUUAGAUUUCUCCCUUUUCAAGCAUAGGGGGUUUUUGAUAUACUUAUCUGGAAAUGUCAUUAUGUUUCUAGGGUUUUUUGCCCCCGUUAUAUUCUUGGCUCCAUAUGCUAAAGACAAGGGGAUUGAUGAGUACUCGGCGGCCUUCCUGCUGUCGGUUAUGGCUUUUGUUGACAUGUUUGCGAGGCCUGCAGUAGGAUUCAUUGCAAACACCAAACUUGUUCGACCUCGAAUCCAGUACUUCUUCAGUUUUGCAAUUAUGUUCACGGGAGUGUGUCAUCUCUUGUGCCCAUUGGCAGAGGACUACAUAAGCCUGGUGUUUUAUGCUAUAUUUUUUGGCCUUGGAUUUGGGAGUGUUAGCAGUAUCCUCUUUGAAAGUCUCAUGGACCUUGUUGGUGCUCAAAGAUUUUCCAGCGCCGUGGGGCUCGUCACCAUUGUGGAGUGCUGUCCGGUUCUCCUUGGCCCUCCUCUGGCUGGUAAAUUGGUGGAUGAAACUGGAGAGUAUAAAUAUAUGUAUAUAGCCUGCGGGGCUGUUGUGUUCCUAGCAAGUGUGUGGCUGCUCAUUGGUAAUACUAUAAACUAUAGAUUGCUUGCAAAGGAAAAGAAGUUGGAAAAAGCAAAGGAGGAAACGAAUAACAAGCCUGAGUCCCGAGAAUCUGAACCCUUGAACGCAUCUAAACAAUGUGAUGUUGAAGUCAAAAGCACGAGACCAGGGAGUAAUCCCUCAGAAAGAGAAACUAAUAUAUAGCAAGAAUCACACCUCUGAUUUCAGUGUUUAUGACUUUUUAAAAAAUAUGUUUUUGUAUUGAUUUUUUAGACAGAAAGGAAGGAAGAGGGGAAAAGAGA